CCCUCUUAUAAUAGAAACCUUUUCGGCAAUUCUAGCGAUAGCCUCGAUAAAUUCGUAAAUGGUCAUCUAAAAAUGUUUUGGUGAAAAUAAUUCAUCUUUUUAAGUAAUCAUACUUUAUAAGUAGGCAAGAUAACAUUCUCUAUCAGUUAAUUCAUCACAUAAAACAUUAGAUGAUUUUAAUAAAUCUUUAAAAUCUUAAGGGGAAAUGUAAUCAUAUUUAUAUUGUUAAGGUUUUUUACUUAAUUUGCAAGUAUAUUUAUAGAGACACUUAAUCAUUGGCAUUCUAUCCCGAAUAAGUAUAUCACAUUUUUCAUUCCAUAAUCUCAUUCUCCUCCAAGAUUAAGAAGUAUCAAAUUUUGAUAAAAACUCCUAACAUUAUGACUAUAAUUAUGAUAAUCCUUCUAUCAUAGUUUAACAUAAUCCACUCCUGAUAUAUUUAUCGUUACAAAAUCUAACUAAGACUUCCAUUAAUUAACAUCUCACAAUUCCUUUUUCAUAUGCUUAAGGGAAGGAUACAUCCUUAGCACCUGCUGUUGAAGUAAAUCCAAUAUCAAUAUCAUUAGGUUUAACUCCUUCCAAAAUAUCAUUUGAAAUUAGAAAUUCAAUAU